CUCGAUGAGUUCGAUUACCAAGUGUGGUUGCCUCGUCGAUUAUCGUUUCUGGUCCUCCUGGGUCAAACAUCCCUCGAGACGCAAAAAACUCCCGUGUCCGGCUCUCCUGCAUGGCGAACAGUCUGGGUUCAGUCGUGCGGGAAUACAUCAGGUCUCGAACCAAACGGCCUUUGUGCCAUUGCGCCUCCUUCUCUCCGGUUCUCUCGACCCGGUCUCUUCCCGGUGAACGUCAAUGCCUCGCCCCAGGAGACCCGGUGCGCCGGACCCGAAACGCCGGUCGCGCAAAGGCUGUUGGCCCUGUAAGGCUCGGAAAGUAAAAUGUGGGGAGGAAAAGCCGGCCUGCUUGAAUUGUCGACGUCAGAACGAAAAGUGCGACUACAGUAUCCGGUUGAACUGGGGCGGACGCGCGAGGAGACCGUCCGCCGUCGACUCGCCCAACUCCCAGUCGAGCGGUCACUCCGCGCAUGGGCAGUUUAUGACCCUCGAUCUGUUCUCCCCCGCGACAGACCACAAAUCUCCGAACGGCGCGGAUGGAAGGCCGGCACCCGAGCUGGCGGAGCAUUUCCUGUGGGACGGUGGACUGGUGGGGAAUAUGGCUUUAGCAACGUCUUCUCCUAGAGGAUCGCAUGACAUCCACGAGUCUUCCCCCACAGGCCCGCCCGUAAAUCCCAGCUGUACUAGCGACAGUGCGUCAGUAGACAUGAGUCCGCCGUCGCAAGGGCCGGACGCGGCCAGUCCGUGGCCGCAACUGUCGCCGCAGAUGACCGCCGUCCUGUCCCACAGCGCCCCGUGCUAUGCGCCCCCCAUCCCACACGCCCUCGACGGCGUUCCCUAUCCUUCUCCCGCCGAUACAAGUUCCAGCAUUGGCUCUUUGGCGGCCCUGAACUUUUCGCCCGACCCGGUCACCCGCCCAAUUUCCUUCCUGCGGCAGACGGCCGACCCAUCGCACGGGGUCGCACACGGAUCCCCGUCGGAGCACGAGUCCCCCGGCCAUUCUACCCAUUCCAUUGACCUCGCGGUGUCGGCGAGCAUAGGGAAUGUAUACGCGGAGUAUCGGCAUGAUCCCGUCGGGUCCGAUCGAAGGAGAUCGUCCAUCUUCUCGUCUCAUGACCUGCGAGAUGUGUCGCCCGUGCAGACCACCACCACGCAGGAGAGCUCUUUAGCCAAAGUCACGGACCGCCCGCAAGCUUCCGAUCGUCUAUCCUAUUCCGACUGUGGCCACAUGCCCCCCGCCGUAGACGGGCCGAUCGAUCUGACCCACUCGGAAAAGAAGUGGCACGCCUACCUGACCAGCGUGACGGACAACUACGGCCUCGACUGUGGACGUCCAGACCUGGAUCUCAAUAAGAACGACGACCAUUCGGCGAUUGAUAUCAACUACGCCCUCGACCAGGGCGGCCGGGCAGACACGUCAUCGGCGCCCGCCAGCCGUUCGACGGGGACUGGCUCCAACCACGGCCCGGACCACGCAAGGUACGAUUAUUAUGCAUCACCAGUGCCGAUCAACAUUCCACGAUAUCUGUCACCGCUGCCACCGUCCCUGGUGAGGACGCCCAUCAACCUGAUGUACUUUCACCAUUUUCUCCACCAUACGGCCAGAAUGCUGGUCCCGCAUGACUGCGCCGACAACCCGUUUGUUUCUGUUCUACCGACCAUGGCCAUUGGCGAUUCCAACCUCUUGAAUCUGCUGCUGGCAUACUCGGCCAGCCACCGCGCACGCUACCUCGGACACCCCGAGCCCUCCAACCGGAUCGCACACUGGGUGAGCAACGUCUUCCCCACGCUCCGGGUCGCCCUCGAGGAUUCGCACGAGAACGUCACCGACAGCCAUCUAGCCGCCGCCAUCAUGCUACUAUCCCUGAAGAUCGUCUCCCCGAGCACCUUCGAGGUGCCCAUCCCCUGGCAAAGCCACCUCAAACUCGCCCGGGACCUGUUCGUCGCGCGCCAAACCCACCUAGCAUACCGCGGAAACGAGGUCGGGGCGUUCCUCACGCGCUGGCUAGGAUACCUAGACAUCAUGGGCGCGCUGUCCUGCCGCCACAGCGACCCGCCGCUCCUCGCCUACUACUCCGUGCUCAGUACCUGCUCGACAAGCGUCGGCGAGGACGAAUUCGGCGUCGACUGCUUCACAGGCUUCACGCCGCGCACGGGACUCUUCCUCACCCGACUCGGCCGCCUCGUCCACCAAUGCGACAACGAACGCUUCGACGACUUCGGCACUUUCCUCCCAGACUGGCAACCCUCAGCGGCCGUCCUGCACGAAGCAGACUCCCUCCUUGCCGAUUCCGCCGUGCUGGAAACCCACGCGCACGCCCACGGCGAACACCUCGUCGCAACCGACUCCUCCGACAUCUUCGCCAUCGACCGCGCCGUCCGCUCCGCGGGCCUCAUCCACCUCCACCGACGGGUACUGAACACGCCUGCCUCCGCCCCGCCCGUUGGCGCCGCCCUCACAGAACUAAUCCGCGCGCUGUCCCAAAUCCGCCCCGGCGUCGCAGCCGACUCCGGGGCGCUGUUCCCGCUCUUCACGGCGGGGUGCGAGGCGCAGGACGCGGAGCAGCGGGCGGCUAUUAAUGAGCGGUUUGAAGUGAUUGAGCAGACGGGGAUGAAGCAGAUCCAGAAUGCGCGCGCGUUGAUGCAGCUGUGUUGGAAUGAGAAUCUGCCGUGGAUAGCGUUGGCGCAGGGGGAGUUUGUGGGGUGAUUCUCCUUCUUCUUUUUCUUCUCUUUCUGAUAUUGUUUUCUUUUGUUUCAUACACCAGUACAUUAUUAUGUUUCCGUACAUAUUGAUAGUG